AGUGCGGCACACGGAGCGUCUGCCUGUCCGUCCGUCUGCGGCGACCCCCCCCAGGAGGGGCCUGGGACCCACACGCACCCCCCGUCCCCCCCCCAGCUGGCUGGAGGGGGGCACCGGGCGCCUGCCCCACAGAGGCCAGGAGGCUGCGUUAGGGGACAGAUGGGGACGAUGAUUGGCGGCCAGAGGAGGGGCGCCGCGUGAUUGGCCGGAUUCCUGGAGAGAGUCUCGCAAGAGUGGUGUAUGAGGCUGUGAGGACUCCCCACGGCACCGGGGGAGUCUCAGCCAGGAGGAGCCGCGGGGGCCGCCUGUCGCUCACACCCCCGGGGGGGGAGGAGGGGGGGACAGAGGCAUCCAGCGCAGCAGAAGUGGCUGGAUGCAUCGCACCGUGGAACAGCUGGGGGGCCGGGCCGGACGGGAUCCCUUCGCUCUCAGCAGCUUGAGCUGCAACGGGGCCUGGAACCCCUGCCACCCCCGCCCAUGGCUCCCGGGCGGCAGGUGCUCGGCCAGCAUCGGACAGUCCCAGCUGCCCCCACAUCUCCCGUCACCUCAUGGCACUAAUAUCGGGCACCCCAACAAACCCUAUUUCCCCUCUGGGAGCUCCACCCCGCGGCCCCUGCAUGGGAAGCUGGAGGCCAUCCAUGGCUGCGUGCAGGCCCUGCUGCGGGACCCGGGGCAGCCGCAGCUGUGGGAGCAGCUGGGGCAGAUCUACGAGUCGGAGCAGGAGUGGGAGGAGGCCGUGCGGUGCUACCAGAACGCGGCCCGCUACCAGCGCGACUAUGGGAACUACAGCGAGAUCGGGGCCCGCAUCGGGCGGCUGCAGCAGGCUCAGCUGUGGAAUUUCCACUCGGGCUCGUCCCAUCACCGGAGCAAGGCCCUGCCCCCACUGCAGCAGGUGUGGAACCUCCUGCACCUCGAGAAGCGGAAUUUCUCAGCCAAGCGCAGCCCCCAGCUGAAGCGGCCGGCGCCCCCCAUGGAGCCCCCCGUGGUGCAGCCCAUCCCCCCCGCCCAGCACCCACCCCACCCCGGGCACAGCGAGGCCCUGCCCAGUGCCAUGAAGAGGAGGAGGAGCGCCAGCCCCGAGCAGAACGGGAACGUGGCCGGACAGCACCCCCCUGGGGCCCCCCACUACCAGCUGCCCAAGGCUGGGCUGUGGAACCCACUCCAUGGCGACACGUGGGGGCCCGAGCGCAAGAACGUGGCAGCACCGGAGAGACAGGAGCCGAGGAAUUCGGUCGCCCACCCCUUCCCGUACCCGUCUCCCGCCUAUGGCUCGCACCCGCCCCCCCACCGCCUGCCCCCCGGCCCCCGCCCCUCCGGAGAGAGCCGUGGCUGCCAGGCCCGCCCCACUGGAAGUGACCUUAAAGCCAGCCGAGUUCCCCGGGGGCGGCCGGACCCCAGCACCUCACCAGCCAGCGUCACCUGCGUGCCUUACGCCCCGCGGCCCCCCCCGGCCGGCCCCCCCACCAGCAAGACCCCGCGGGGGGAGCCGGGCCCCAGCUUGGCUCCUGACCGUUACCAAACCCCGGCAUCGGCACCGGCACCAUCCAGCCCGGCCCCGGAGAGCGUGGAGCGCCCGCCCCCCGGCCCCGCCCCCCACCCCUCCUCCAGCCGGCCCUGCGCUCCCCCGCCCUCCUCCUCCGCCAGCCGGGGGCCCCCUGAGCCGGGCCCUCCCCCACCUCUGCCCUGGCUGAAGGGCCCAGGUGUCCGGGACCAGGGGGAGGGUGCGGCCGGCGGGGACCCCCUGGACGAGAUCCUGUUCGGGUGCGGGGGGGAGCCCCAGCUGGAUCCCUGCGACUCAGCCGGGCCCCAGGGGGGCUUCCAGGAUUCCACCACCAGCAGCCAGGGGAUUAGGGGGGCCGGGGCACCGCGGGGGGAGGGCGAGCCCAGCCCCCCGCCACCCCGCACCCCCUCCCCGCCCCCUCCCACCUACCGCUGCGCCUUUGCCAAGCAGGAGCCCCCCGGCCCCCCCGAGUUCUGGCUGGAGACGCCCCCCCGUGAAGCCCGGCCGCCGGAGGGUGGGGAGGGGGUCCCCAAGGCCUCCCCCGGCCCCCCAAAUACCUCAGGAAACUUCAGGCCCCAGCCGAGUCCCCCGGCCCCGCCGCCCAGGGCCUCCUACCCAAAGACGCUGCCUCCAGAGCCGGGCCCCCCCCUGGAGACCCCCACUGGGGCGGCCCGGCGCCUCUUCGACUUCCCCGGGCCCCCCCUGGAGGACCAGUUCGAGGAGCCCCCCGAAUUCUCCAAGAUCCUGCCCGACGGGUUGGCCAACAUCAUGAAGAUGCUGGACGAGUCGAUCCGGCGGGAGGAGGAGGAACGGGAGGCCGGGGCCCCCCCCGGCUUCCCGCCCCCUCCCGCCCCGCUCCUGCCUGGCCCGCCCCCCCUGGCCAGACCAAAGCCGCCGCCGGCCCCCCCGUUCGAGUACCCCAAGCCGGAGCCGCCCCGGCUGUACCCCUUCGGCAAGCGGGAGGAAGCCGGGAAGUGCCCGCCGCCCAGCACGGCCAGUUUGCUGCGGUCGCUGGCCAGCGUGCUGGAGGGGCAGAAACACGCCUACCGGGCCAAGCCCCCCGCCGGGGCGAAGAAACCCCCCGCCCCGCCGCCACCCCCGCCGGCUCCUUCCUCGCCCUAUUCUACCUCAAGCCAGGCCUGGGCUGGGGCAGCCCGGGGCGAGGAGCCGGCGGGGGCCUCGCCGGAGCCCCGGGCCCCCAAGACGGAGUCGGAGGUGCUGGAAGAGAUCAGCCGGGCCUGCGAGACGCUGGUGGAACGGGCGGGGCGGGAGCCCAGCCCAGCCCCCCGGCCGCCCACCCCGCCGGCCACGCCGCCCCGCCGGCCAGAGAAGGAGCACCGGCGGCACCGGCGGGCGGGCAAGGACGGGCGGCGCCACCGGCGGGAGGGCAAAGUCCCCAAGGAGAAGAACCGGCAGGUGCUGGGCAACCUGGACCCACAGCGCACCGACUGCCAGGCGCGGGAGAACGGCGCCCAGGGCGAGGCCGGCAAAGCCGGCAGGCCGCCCCCGCCGGCCGCCCCCCAGCCCGAGCGCCGCCCGCCCACCCGGAGGGAGGAGGGCCCCGGCCCCGCCGGCGUGUGCCCGGCCGACCUGCUCAAGCUGCGCUCCUUCACCGAGGGGCCCCCCAAGGAGCUCAAGAUCCGGCUCAUCAAGGUGGAGAGCGGGGACAAGGAGACCUUCAUCGCCUCCGAGGUGGAGGAGCGGCGCCUCCCGCUGGCCGAGGUCACCAUCAGCCACAGCGCCGCCGAGGUGGUGCGGGCCAGCAAGCAUGCCAAGGUGAAGGGGAAGUUCAAGGAGUCGUAUCUGUCGGCUGCCCAGUCCGUCAAACCCCUCAUCAACACCGAGGAGAAGCUGCCGCGGGACAAAGUCAACCCUCCCACACCCAGCAUCUAUCUGGAGAGCAAACGUGACGCCUUCUCGCCCGUCCUGCUGCAGUUCUGCACCGACCCCAAGAACCCCAUCACGGUCAUCCGGGGGUUGGCCGGCUCCCUGCGCCUCAACCUGGGUCUGUUUAGCACGAAGACGCUGGUGGAGGCCAGCGGGGAGCACGCCGUGGAGGUCCGCACCCAGGUGCAGCAGCCGUCGGACGAGAACUGGGACCUGUCGGGCACCCGCCAGGUGUGGCCGUGCGAGAGCAGCCGCUCGCACACCACCAUCGCCAAGUACGCCCAAUACCAGGCCUCCUCCUUCCAGGAGUCGCUGCAGGAGGAGAAGGAAAGUGACGAGGAGGACGCAGACGAACCAGACAGCACCACGGAGACGCCCCCCAGCAGCAACGCGGACCAGAAAUCUCACCAGAUCAUCAAAUUCGGGACCAAUAUCGACCUGUCCGACGCCAAGCGGUGGAAGCCGCAGCUGCAAGAGCUGCUGAAGCUACCAGCCUUCAUGCGGGUCACCUCGACAGGCAACAUGCUGAGCCACGUGGGUCAUACCAUCCUGGGCAUGAACACAGUGCAGCUGUACAUGAAAGUGCCAGGCAGCCGGACGCCAGGCCACCAGGAGAACAACAACUUCUGCUCUGUGAACAUCAACAUCGGGCCAGGCGACUGCGAGUGGUUUGCGGUGCACGAGCAUUACUGGGAGACCAUCAGCGCCUUCUGUGACAGGCACGGCGUGGAUUACCUGACGGGCUCCUGGUGGCCCAUCCUGGAGGACCUGUACAAGUCGAAUAUCCCCGUGUACCGGUUCAUCCAGCGCCCCGGGGACCUGGUGUGGAUCAACGCAGGCACCGUGCACUGGGUGCAGGCCACGGGCUGGUGCAACAACAUCGCCUGGAAUGUCGGGCCCCUCACAGCCUAUCAAUACCAGCUGGCCCUGGAGCGCUACGAGUGGAACGAGGUGAAGAACGUGAAGUCCAUCGUGCCCAUGAUCCACGUCUCGUGGAACGUCGCCCGGACGGUCAAGAUCAGCGACCCCGAUCUCUACAAGAUGAUCAAGUAUUGCCUCAUGCAGUCCAUCAAGCACUGCCAGGUGCUGCGGGAGAACUUGGUGCGUUCGGGGAAGAAGAUCGCCUACCAGGGCCGGGUGAAGGACGAGCCCGCCUACUAUUGCAACGAGUGUGACGUGGAGGUGUUCAAUAUCCUGUUCGUGACGAGCGAGAACGGCAGCAAGAACUCGUACCUGGUACACUGCGAGGACUGCGCCCGCCAGCGCAGCACCGCCCUGCACGGCGUGGUGGUGCUGGAACAGUACAAGACGGAGGAGCUGAUGCAGAUCUACGACAGCUUCACCCUGGUGAGGGCUGGGGGCGCAGCGGGGCGGAGGGCUCAGAGAGGGCGCUCUCCUCUGGCAGUUGAGGCUGCUCCUGCCUGGGAGCCGCAGCUCUCUGUUCUGGUGACACAGCGACCCCUGGUGGGCAAAAGGAGUAACUGCAGCACCUUUCUGGCAUAA